AUGGAAAGAGAUUUCCAAGAUCGUCCUACAUCCAAGGACGAAACACGAUCCUUAGCCGCAACUACAAACACUGCUCGCGAAUCAAUCGAAGACGCCGAAACUCACCGAGAAAAUGUGAGGAACGCCAAUCCCAAUGGCUUCGUCAGCACCAAUCAGGGCAUUGAUGUCAAAACUGCCGAGGCCGAAUUUGCGCAACUUCAGCGCGAGUUGACGGGAAUUAGUUCCAAGAGCAAGGCAUUGUCUAGGACGAAGUCUAACGCUUUCUUCAACGUGGUUGAGACUGCGAUGAACAUCUUUGGUAUUGGCAAGCAAGGCAAAGAAGUAAAGAUCUUGCAGGAUUUCAGGGGAGUAGUGAAACCUGGAGAGAUGGUACUUGUGCUUGGAAGACCUGGUUCUGGUUGCACAACUUUCUUGAAGGUCAUUGCAAAUCAAAGAUUUGGUUACACCGGUGUAGACGGGGAGGUACUUUACGGCCCCUUUGAAGCUCAGGAAUUUUCGAAAAAAUAUAGGGGAGAAGCAGUCUACAAUCAGGAGGAUGAUGUCCAUCACCCCACUUUAACUGUAGGUCAAACCUUGGGUUUUGCUCUUGACACAAAAACUCCAAGGAAGCGCCCCAAUGGAAUGUCCAAAGGGGAAUUUAAGGAGAAGGUAAUCGAUACACUUCUACGAAUGUUCAACAUUAGUCACACUCGUAACACGGUUGUGGGUAAUGCCUUCGUUAGAGGUGUUUCUGGAGGAGAGAGAAAGCGUGUGUCCAUCGCGGAAAUGAUGAUCACCAGUGGUACAGUCUUGGCCUGGGAUAACAGUACAAGAGGAUUGGACGCUUCGACCGCUCUCGAUUACGCUAAAUCUCUUCGUAUUAUGACGAACAUUUACAAGACCACAACAUUUGUUUCGUUGUAUCAAGCAAGUGAAAAUAUCUACAAGCAAUUCGACAAAGUCUUGGUCAUUGAUGAUGGAAGGGAGGUCUACUUUGGACCAACAAGUGAAGCGAGAGCCUACUUCGAAGGCCUCGGCUUCAAGGAGAAGCCCCGUCAAACCACCCCCGAUUUUUUGACUGGUUGUACCGAUGAGUUUGAGCGUGAGUAUGCAACUGGUCGCUCUGCUGCAGACUCGCCACACAGCCCUGAAACUUUAGCUCAAGCGUUUUUGGAUUCCAAGAUCUCAACUCGCUUAGGCGAGGAAAUGGAUGUCUACAGAAAACAAGUAGCUGCGGACAAGAAAGCGCAUGAUGAUUUCGAGGUUGCUAUUUUGGAAAGCAAACGCAAGGGAGCAUCGAAAACUUCCGUGUACUCUGUUCCAUACCACUUGCAAGUCUGGGCAUUGAUGCAACGACAAUACUUGAUUAAGUGGCAAGACAAAUUCUCUCUGGUCGUUAGUUGGGUUACUAGUAUUACUGUCGCUAUUGUUUUGGGUACCGUGUGGCUUAAUUUACCCACAACUUCUGCCGGAGCAUUUACUAGAGGCGGUCUUCUCUUCAUCUCGUUAUUGUUCAAUGCUUUCCAAGCGUUCUCCGAAUUGGCAUCUACUAUGUUGGGCAGACCAAUUGUCAACAAGCAUAGGUCAUACACGUUUCAUCGCCCGUCCGCACUUUGGAUUGCUCAGAUUAUAGUCGACACUGCCUUCUCUGCCGCCCAAAUUCUGUUGUUCUCAAUCAUCGUAUACUUUAUGUGUGGUUUGGUAAGAGAAGCUGGAGCAUUCUUUACAUUCUACAUCGUCAUCCUCUGUGGUUAUUUGGCUAUGACUCUCUUUUUCAGAACCGUCGGAUGUCUUUGCCCUGAUUUCGAUUACGCGAUCAAGUUUGCCGCCACAAUCAUUACCUUUUUCGUCAUCACAUCGGGUUAUCUCAUUCAAUAUCCAACUGAAAAGGUCUGGAUUCGAUGGAUCUACUGGAUUAAUGCGCUUGGUCUUGGAUUCUCAGCUUUGAUGGAGAACGAGUUCAGCCGUCUUGAUUUGAACUGUACAGGCUCCUAUCUUGUCCCAUCCGGUCCAGGUUACGAUAACAUUGACAAUCAAGUGUGUACGCUUCCUGGCAGUGUGGCUGGAUCAAACGUCGUUUCUGGUAGCGAAUACAUUACACAAAGUUUUGCCUACAAGCCAUCUGAACUCUGGAGAAACUUCGGUAUCAUCAUUGCUUUGAUCGCUGCUUUCUUAUUCACAAACGCAACGCUCGGCGAGUGGGUUUCAUUCGGUGCCGGCGGUAAUGCUGCCAAAGUAUAUCAAAAGCCUAACAAGGAACGUGAUGAGCUCAACCAAGCAUUGGCCGCCAAACGCGAUCAACGCCGUGCCACAAAGAGUGAAGAAGGAGGCUCUGAAAUCAGCAUUAAUUCAAAAGCUAUCUUGACCUGGGAAGGAUUAAAUUACGAUGUACCAACUCCUAAUGGAGAAUUGCGACUUUUGAAAAACAUUUACGGCUACGUUCGACCAGGUGAAUUGACGGCACUUAUGGGAUCCUCAGGUGCUGGAAAAACAACACUCCUCGAUGUUUUGGCUUCAAGAAAGAAUAUUGGUGUCAUUUCCGGUGAUGUUCUUGUCGAUGGUAUUAAGCCAGGUAACUCUUUCCAAAGAGGAACUUCUUAUGCUGAACAACUUGAUGUCCACGAGGGAACUGCUACCGUCCGAGAAGCACUUCGAUUCUCUGCUGAUCUUCGUCAACCUUACCAUGUCCCACAAGCCGAGAAAAAAAUGGUCUUGCUGUUGAACAACGAAAACGUGUCACUAUCGGAGUCGAAUUGGCCGCCAAGCCAGAGCUCUUACUUUUCUUGGAUGAACCCUACUUCUGGUCUCGACUCUCAAAGUGCCUUCAACAUUGUUCGUUUCUUGAAGAAAUUGGCGAAUGCCGGACAAGCUAUUCUCUGUACUAUCCAUCAACCUAACGCAGCAUUGUUUGAGAACUUUGAUCGUCUGUUACUUCUUCAGCGUGGAGGAAGAUGUGUCUACUUUGGUGAUAUUGGAAAAGAUGCUCAUGUACUCCUUGACUACUUCCACAGACAUGGAGCUGACUGCCCUCCUGACGCUAACCCUGCUGAGUGGAUGCUUGAUGCUGUUGGUGCUGGUCAAGCCCCAAGAAUUGGUGAUCGUGACUGGGCUGAUAUCUUUGCCGAUUCUCCUGAACUCGCAAACAUCAAAGACCGCAUUUCUCAAAUGAAAACCGAACGUCUAGCCGAAGCCGCCAGUAACGCUCAACCUGACGAGCGGGAAUUCGCUACGCCACUACUACAUCAAUUGAAAAUUGUGCAGGCGCGUACCAACUUGGCUUUCUGGAGAUCUCCCAACUACGGUUUCACUCGUCUCUUCAAUCACGUUAUCAUCUCUAUCAUCACUGGUCUUGCCUAUUUGAACCUCAACGAUUCAAAGGCUUCAUUACAAUAUCGUGUAUUCGUCAUCUUCCAAGUUACCGUCCUUCCCGCGCUCAUUCUCGCUCAAGUCGAACCUAAAUACGCAUUAUCCCGUAUGAUUUACUACCGAGAAGCAUCUUCCAAAAUGUACAGUCAAUUCGCCUUUGCAUCAUCUCUAGUCGUAGCCGAGAUGCCUUACUCGAUUCUCUGCGCCGUUGGUUUCUUCCUCCCACUUUACUACAUGCCUGGUUUCCAGACCGCAUCCAGCCGCGCCGGGUACCAAUUCUUCAUGAUCCUCAUCACCGAACUCUUCUCUGUAACCAUGGGUCAAAUGAUCGCAGCACUCACUCCCUCCCCCUACAUCUCCGCCCUCGUCAAUCCCUUCAUCACCAUUACAUUCUCCCUUUUCUGCGGUGUCACUAUCCCCAAACCUCAAAUCCCAAAGUUCUGGCGCGCAUGGCUUUACCAACUCGAUCCCUUCACUCGACUCAUCGGUGGAAUGGUCGUCACCGAGCUUCAAGGUCGGGAAGUCACAUGCACACCUGCGGAACUCAGUCGUUUCAAUGCUCCUUCCGGUCAAACGUGCGGACAGUACAUGGAGAAAUAUUUCUCCAGCGGAGGUAUUGGGUACAUUGUUAACAAUGCCACCAGUGCUUGUGAGUACUGUGCAUACAAAGCUGGAGAACAAUUUUACGAGCCCUUGGGUUUCGAGUUUUCAAAUAGGUGGAGGGAUUUGGGUAUCUACUUGGCAUUCAUUGGAAGUAAUUUGAUCAUUCUGUUUUUGGCUUCGAGAUACUUGAACUUCAAUCGUCGUUAA